AUGUCAGAGAUGGAAAUUUUGGCCUGGAAUUGCCGUGGAAUCGGCAAUGAAGCUGCGGUGCAAGGUUUAAAGAAACUGAUUCAUCAGCAUCAUCCAUCUUUCAUCUUCCUGUGGGAGACCAAAAUUUCGGAUCCUACGUAUAUGAGAGACUUGAGAUUGAAGAUAGGGUAUCUUAAUUGUGAAGCGGUGUUCAGCCGGGGGCAAUCAGGUGGAUUGGCGUUAUUCUUGAGUGAUGGCCUUGACGUUCGAUUCCGGUCGAAGUCGAACCAUCAUAUUGACGUGGAGGUACGAGAGAGUGAUGGCUCUGGGAUUGCAUGGAGGUUUACUGGUUUUUAUGGGCACCCUACCCUUUCUGAACGUCACCGGACAUGGUCACUCCUCCGGGAGCUUUGCGAGCAGUCGGCCCUACCAUGGACUGUCAUUGGAGAUUUCAACGAAAUUCUCCAUUCCUCUGAGAAGGAAGGAGGUUGUGUACGCAGAGAGGGUCAAAUGCAACAGUUUAGAGAUGUGUUGACGUUUUGUGAUCUGUUUGACUUUGGCUAUUUUGGAUCGCCCUUCACCUGGAGUCGGGCUGGAGUCAAAUGUAGGCUGGAUAGGGCUGUAGGUUCCGCAUCCUGGACGGAUAUUUUUCCAUCAGCUAGGGUUUCAAACUUGAAACCAAUUCAUGGUGAUCACGUUCCUGUUCUUCUUGGCACGUAUCGUUCUCCUCCUCCUCCUGCUGGUCAACGUCGGAGGCCUCGUUUCCAUUUUGAAAGUUUUUGGGUGCGACACGAGGCCUGUGCAGAAGUGAUCAAGGCAGGGUGGGUUAGUGAUAGUUGGAACCAACCUAUGUUUCAGAGGUCUACAUUUGGACGUAGGGGCAGGGAGAUUGAAUUCCUUCGAGGUAGACUACAAUCUCUUCUUGCACUACCUGUUUCGACUGUUAAUCAGCAGGAAAGCAUGGAGCUGAAAGCUUCUAAUCGACGAGCCAAAAACAGGUUGGCUGGGUUGUUUGAUAAUCAGGGUGUCUGGCAGUCCACAGAGAAGGGUUUGGAAGCUGUGGUUAUUGAUUCUUUUGGGUCGAUGUUCAGAGCAGGGGAUGUAGAUCUCUCUCAUAUGAAUUCCGUAGUGGAUUUAGUCCAGCCAAAGGUCACCCCUGAGAUGAAUUCUAUGCUUUGUGCUCCUUAUACAGCUGUGGAAAUUAGAGCUACUCUUUUUCAGAUGUACCCAACCAAGUCACCUGGACCGGAUGGCAUGCCUCCUUUAUUUUUUCAGCAGUAUUGGGACACCAUCGGUACUGAUGUAGUGGCUGCAGUUCAGAGUUUUCUCCAUUCUGGUCAGUUGCUUGCUUCCAUUAAUUAUACUCAUGUGUGUUUGAUCCCAAAGAGUGCUUUCAUCCCUGGACGCCUGAUUACAGAUAAUACUCUUACCGCUAAUGAGGUAUCCCACUUUAUUCAUAAUAAUCGGUCAAGUGAUGGAGUUAUGUCUCUUAAACUGGACAUGAGUAAGGCCUAUGAUCGGAUGGAGUGGGUUUUCUUAGAGGCUGUGUUGCCUAGAGGCUAUUUGACACCUACUAGGGGCCUGAGACAGGGCGAUCCCUUAUCACCAUAUCUUUUCCUGCUCGGUACUGAGGUCUUUUCAGCUUUAUUAGAGCAUAAGCAACAGAUUGCAGACUCACUGGGUGUGGCUAUAGUGGAUAAACAUGAAAAAUAUUUGGGCUUACCUACUUAUUUGGGGUGGAACAAGACUGAAACCUUUGCUUAUUUACAGGAAAGUUUAAAUAAGAAACUUGAGGGUUGGCAAGGCAAGUUACUCAGUAGUGCAGGGAAGGACCUUCUUGUACGGGUAGUGGCUCAGGCUCUUCCUUCUUAUACUAUGAGCUGCUUCUUAUUACCUAAGAAUUUAUGUGAUUCAUUGCAUCAGAAAUGUGCCAAGUUUUGGUGGGGCAGUAAGGGUGAAAACCGUAAGAUUCAUUGA